AUGCUAGACGAGAAAGACAUCGGCAACAUCGACGACACAAUCCAGCCCUCGAGCUCGGAAAACCACUCGCUGGGCGAAACCAAGGGAAAGGUCCAAACUGUGGUCUCCUACACCCAUGACAACAUCGGGAACGUCGAAAACGUUCUGUCGACCAUUCUGUCGCCCUCGGGCCGCGAGGUCAAGGUCACAGGCGAUGUCGACGAUGCCAUGCGACUCGCACUGAAAUCCAACAAAAUCGAGGUCUCUCCGGAGGACGACGCGCGCCUGGUGCGCAAAAUCGAUCUGUAUAUGUUCCCUCUCAUGUGUUUGCUGUAUGCCAUCCAGUUCAUGGACAAAAUCUCGAACGGAUCGGCUGCGGUCAUGGGUUUGCGAACAGACUUGAAAAUGCACGGCGACCAGUACUCGUGGGUCGGAUCGGCCUUCUACUUCGGGUACCUGUUCUUCAAUCUGGGCCCGGGCCAGUUCAUCUUCCAGAAGUCCAAGUGGCUGGCCAAGACUCUGGCAGUGUUCGUGAUCGUGUGGGGGAUGUUCCUCGCGCUGCACGCAGUUCCAUCGGUCACUUACCCAACCUUCAUUCUGUUGCGUGUUUUGCUGGGAUGCGCGGAGUCUAUGGUGACACCCACUUUCACCAUCAUCACCUCUCAGUACUGGAAAAAAGAGGAACAGUUCAUGCGGGUGUGCUUGUGGUUCGGUUUCAAUGGUCUUGGUGGCAUUUGGGCCAACGCUUUGGCAUACGGUCUUUACGAGCACCAGGAUUCCUACUCCAUUGAGGCCUGGAGAGUUCUUUUCAUCGUCACCGGUCUGAUUACCAUCGUCACUGGCUUUGCCAUCUUCUUCCACAUCCCAGACGACCCCUCCAAGGCGUGGUUUCUGUCAGAGCGUGAGAAGUUCAUGGUUGUUGAAAGAAUCAGAGGCAACCAACAAGGAUUCGGUAACCACCAUAUCAAGUGGUACCAGGUCAAAGAAGCAUUUACAGACAUCAGAACAUGGCUCUACUUCCUCUUUUCCAUUGGGUCAAACAUUCCCAACGGUGGUUUAACGAACUUCAUGAACAUUUUGAUUAAAAACGACUUCGGCUACUCUACUUCCCAAUCAUUACUUAUGACCAUGCCUACCGGGGCCGUCGAACUUGUCGCAUGCCCAUUGCUGGGCUAUUUGUCCUUAAUUUGUGCCAGGAAGAAGGUUCCAUUUCUGCAAUACAGACUUUCUUGGGCAAUAAUCGCCGCUCUUAUUAGUUUGAUGGCCACUUGUAUGCUUGCAUUUGCCCACAAUUCUCCUAAGGCCAAACUCGCAGGUGCGUAUUUGUUGUAUGUGUCUCCAAUUUCCUUCAUUUGUAUUCUUUCCAUCAUCAGUUCCAACACACUAGGAUACAGUAAGAAGUGGACUGUUUCCUCUAUUAAUCUGGUAUCGUAUGCGGCUUCGAAUUUAGCUGGUCCACAAACAUUUAUCCCAUCCCAGGCACCAGGCUAUUCCGGAGCAAAAGUCUCUAUGGUGGUGUGCUAUGCCGCAACAGUGGUGAUUCUCUCGGCUCUAUUUGUCGUGAACUAUCGCGAGAAUAUUAGAAGAGACAAGAUUCAAGCAGAACGAGGCCCUGACAGCGUUAAGAUCGAGAAUUUGGAAUUCGCUGAUUUAACCGACAAGGAAAACCCCAAUUUCAGAUAUGCCCUUUGA